AUGGGUCUAGUGGGGCUCCAUUCAGGCACCAUUGACAUGGAGUUUAUAGGAGUUGAAGAUCACGGGGACGAGGAGGGUAAACAGAUUGCAGUUAGUGUCAUCUCUUCAGGGAAAAAUGCUGACAAAACCGAAGAUCCCGAUUCAUUAAUAUUUACCGGGUUUGGUGGUACGGACAUGUAUCAUGGACAACCAUGUAAUCAGAAACUUGAGAGGUUGAAUAUUCCACUAGAAGCCGCUUUUCGGAAGAAAAGUAUUGUGAGAGUGGUUAGAUGUAUGAAGGAUGAAAAAAGGACAAAUGGUAAUAUUUACAUAUAUGAUGGAACAUAUAUGAUUACUAAUAGGUGGGAAGAGGAAGGUCAAAAUGGGUUCAUAGUGUUUAAAUUCAAAUUGGUGAGAGAGCCUGAUCAAAAACCCGCUUUCGGUAUUUGGAAAUCGAUACAGAAUUGGAGGAAUGGUUUGAGUAUAAGACCAGGUCUUAUCCUUGAAGAUCUCUCUAAUGGAGCUGAGAAUCUAAAGGUUUGUUUGGUGAAUGAAGUUGACAAGGAGAAUGGUCCUGCCUUGUUUAGGUAUGUCACUUCACUUAUACAUGAAGUAAUCAAUAAUAUUCCAUCGAUGGUUGAUCGUUGCGCUUGUGGACGUAGAUCAUGUGGUUCAAAACAUGUAUUCAGAGAAAAGCUUAGUGUGUCAUCGUCAUUGGUGAUUAGUGCAAAGAAGUCAGGUAAUGUGGCUCGAUUUAUGAACCAUAGUUGCUCACCCAACGUGUUUUGGCAGUCUAUUGCUCGUGAACAAAAUGGUUUAUGGUGUCUUUACAUUGGCUUUUUUGCAAUGAAACAUAUUCCUCCAUUAACGGAGUUGAGAUAUGAUUAUGGAAAAUCUAGAGGUGGUGGGAAGAAGAUGUGUCUAUGUAGAACGAAGAAAUGUUGUGGUUCAUUUGGAUAA